GAAUAAGUGACAUUAGCAUUUAUUGUGUCUCACCGUCGGGCUGGCGGCGCCCAUUGAAAGACUUAUGACUGCCAACUAGGGAGCCUAGAUGGCCGGACGAGUGGCUUGGAAGCGGGUGAAGCACGUCCUGGACCGGUUUCACCAGGCGGCCUUCUGUCCGAAGUACCUGCUGUACACCAAUAUCGGCAUCUCCGUGGGCCUGAGCAUGGUGGGCGACACCAUGGAGCAGACCUACGAGCGGGUGAUCGGGGAACUUCCGGCAUGGAACCGGAUACGCACUGUGCGAAUGGGCAUCUCCGGGCUGACGGUGGGGGUGGUGUGCCACUACUGGUAUCAAUACCUGGAUUACUUGUUUCCAAAGCGCAACUUCAAGGUGGUGAUAGUUAAGAUCCUGCUGGACCAGUUCAUCUGCUCGCCCUUUUACAUCGCGGUGUUCUUCCUCACAAUGGCUGUUCUGGAGCACAACUCGUGGGAGGAGCUGCAGGAGGAGAUCAGGGACAAGGCUCUGAUCCUCUACAUGGCAGAGUGGACAGUGUGGCCAUUGGCGCAGUUCAUAAACUUUUUGCUGAUCAAGCCGCAGUACAGGGUAUUCUACGAUAACACCAUUAGUUUGGGAUACGACAUUUACACGUCCCAAGUGAAGUAUCGGAAAAAGCCGGAGCCAAAGAACGAUUAAUU